CAGACAAUCACAUAAUCUGCUGUCGGGCAGCUCCGCCGUCAUGCCCGUUAACCUCAAAUUCUUCAAUUAUUAAAGAGUCACCAAAAUCAAAAUCAAACUCCCACUAUAUCUGUCGGUUAUGAAUCGGGUGUACGGUAGUCGAAAGCACAGUGAGGAGGGUGAGGAUACGGCGGUGAAAUGCCGUGAGCGACGGCGCCGGAGAAUGGCCAUGCGGAGGAUGGCGGUUAAAAGGGAAGCUGGAAAUCAGGGGAUAGUGAAUUUGGAGGCUCCGGUGUACGGAACGGUGUCGGUGGUUGGACGGCAACGUGAAAUGGUGGAUGAAGUUUCUGUUCAAACCAACUUAUGUCGCCCGGAGAUCAACGGGUUUCAACCCGUGCAUUUCUUCGGGGUGUUUGAUGGUCACGUAUCAGCAUUGUGUAAGGAGCUGAUGCACGUUAUCAUGAAAGAGGAGAUGAUGCGUGUGAAGGUGGUUGGAGACGGAGGCGGGGAGAUGUGGAGGUUGGCGGUUAACCGGAGCUUUCACAGGAUGGAUGAGAUGGCAGUGAAACUGUGCAGUUCCGACAUCUGUAGAUGCAACACGCAGCUGGGGUCGACCGCAGUGGUGUCCGUGAUGACCAAAGAAUACAUGUUAGUGGCAAAAUGUGGUAAUUCAGGCGCCGUCAUCUGCCGUGAAGGCAGGCCCGUCGACCUUACGGCUGAUGAUGAAGGAAGCUGUGGUGGACGAAUCAUGUCCCGACCAAUAGAUGAGAUAGGAUUCUGGGCAACAUCUGAACCAGACAUCUCCGUAACAAAACGGGAAUCAAGAGACGAGUGUCUGAUACUAGGUAGUAAUGGACUAUGGGAUGUUGUGUCGAGUGACGCAGCAUCCAAAACAGUACACCAAUGUCUUGGAGAAAAUGGGAAUUCAAAUGUGGAGCUUCGGAUUGACACAGAUGUAGGAACCAAGUUGGCAGCAACUCUAUUGGCACGUCUCGCCUUGGGUCGUAGGAGUGCUGAUAACAUAAGUGUCAUCGUCGUUGAUUUGAGGAGGUGAAGCUCGAUGAUCAUUCAUCUCCUUGGAAUGUUGGUUGAUGACUAUUUUAUCUUCUGUUACAUGUAAAUUAUCAUAUAACAUUAGAGGUAUACAAAUUAUAUAAAAAUAUGGUUUUGAUUAGUA